AAGGCUCAGAACAUAAGAAAAUGAAAGGGACUGAGAAAGAAUUAGUGGUGGAGGAAGUCACGACCAGAGAUUAUCUCCUUCCAAAGACAGAGAAGUUCCGCCGAUUAGCUGUAUAUUAUAGUUAGCUACAUUGUAACUUACUAAGAGCUAGAACAGAAUGUACGAGGAGAAGGAGGUACCUUAGAUGAUGUACAGAGAAACUAAGUGAACCCUGUGGACGCCAUGGGUAUCAGCAGAAAUUGAUGUAUAAAAUAUUA